GUGUCCAGAGUAGAGUUAGGCGUAUAUAAGGCCCACCGGCCCGGCCCAAGUCAGUCAUUCACCGGACUACCAGCCCAAUACACACACCUAACAUGAAGGCCUUUAUUGUGUUCGCCUGCUUAGCGGUAGCGACGGCCCGCGCCGGAAUCGCUCACGGUGGAUAUGGUGGAUAUGGUGGAUAUGGUGGCGCCGGUCUGGCCAUUACCGGACACUCGGCUCGUGGUGGAGCUGGUCUGACCGGUGGUCUUGCCGCUGGUGCUGGAACCGCUGCCUCCCUCCAGGGUGGUGCCUCCAGCUUGGGAUCUGGUGGUCUGGGUGCCAGCUAUGCUGCUGGUGCGGCGGCGGCGGCUGGCGCUGCUGGAGUUCAGCAGAUUGUCUCUGGUGGAGUAAUUGGUGGCAGGUCCGACAUCGGACCCGCUGAGGGACCCAAGGCCAACGUUGGACCCCAGACCGGCCCAUCUGACCUCGUAGGACCCCAGGAGGGCGCCAAGUCCGUUGGUGGACCUCGUACUGGACCGUCCAGCCUUGUAGGACCGGCUGCUGGCCCAUCCACCCUUGUAGGACCCUCUCAGGGAACCGCCACCCUUGUUGGACCGUCCCAGGCUACCGCUAACCUCGUUGGACCCAGCUAUGGUGGUGUUGCCUUCUACGCCGGAUCUGGUGGCAUCAACGGUGAUGACGGAAGCUCUGGUGCUGCUGCCAACGCUGCGCCUGGUGGUGCCCUUGGAGGUGGUGGACUCGCUCUUGGCGGUGCUGGUGCCAUUGCUGUCAUUGGUGGUGGUGCCGGAUUGGGUGGUGCUCUCGGUGGCGGUGACGCCGGAGUUGCUGUGAUCAACGGACCAUCUGGCGCCAUCCACGCCGGACUCGGCGCUCACGGAGCUGUCAUCCCCGCGCCCAUUGCCAAGUGGUAGACGUUUUAAGACCCCAGCGAUCUCGGCUCGGCGACGGCGGCAAACCCACCACAGUCACUUACCGGUCUCGAACGAUCCUCAAACGCGCUCAACGUCUUCUUCCCAAAGCUUUGUCCAGUCUGGGAGCAUGGUCGGAGCGCGUCCGACGCUAGUGACAUGAUCGGUACAGAUAACUCGGAACACACACGAAAAAAAAAAAAAACGGUUAGUUCGGUUGCAUAAACGAACACCGCGGGCGCGAAAAACCGAGAGACGGAUUACGCCGUCGGACCGGAUCGUCAAAAGGAAACCGAGAUUCGGUUGUACGUGAUUCGCGGUUUCGUAUCGUUUCUUCCUCGUACUUGACUCGCUACAACCGGGUCGCAAAUUUAGUCAAUUUCCGUUCAUCGGGACCAACGGUAAAGGGAAAAAUCGACCCGGGCCGCGCUCACCGGUCUCGGCUAAAACCACGAGGGGAAAAACCACCAGCGUCACCUCACGAGAACUUCCGCCCUCCGCGGCGAAAUCAACGAACGUCACUUCUCGGACAUUCAGCCGACAUCUUAAAAAAACAAAAAAAAAAAAAGAAAACGCGCAUUCCGAGCUGCACCGCGUGCAACAAAGAGCCAUCCCGUGCACACACAAGCAUUCACUCACACACGCAUGCACCGCCAUGGACCUAGCAAGUGGACGAGCUUUGGCACUUCGUCGUCAGAUCAACCGGAUCUGUUCUGUUUUCUGAACACCUACCGUUGCUCUGGCUAAAACUUUUUCUUCUCUUACGUCUUCCACCAUCCGUAAGGCCGCCGCUCUUCACGCACAUUAUUUACUGUCUCUCUUUUUUUUUUUUUCACUCUCUCUACGGGUCGGUCGCGUGUGAAAGCGCGCACCGCCACCCGCAUGUUGUUAUACUGCCGCACCCCCAAGCAUACAUAAUUAUUAUUA